UUUUUUUUUAAAAUAUUGACGUUCGCCAAAUACAGGUAAUAAAUGAGUGCUAGACUUAAUACGCAUUUUCAUCUACGAUUUUUAAUCGAUAAUUUUGGUUAAAAAGGGGUUUCAGGUGGUGAGUUGUUAUAAAAUAUACCCUGGCAACACCACUCAAUGUGUGAUGCAAUCGCAAAUACUAUAAUAAGAUGUUACAUAUUUAUUUAUUUUUUCUUUCCACUUAAUCUGACCUUUAUCAUUAAAGAGUAUAUUCCACAAGUUCCUACAAACUCAACAUACAUUAUACGUAUACAAAAUUGCCAGAAUAUUUUCAAGAAUGUCCAUGAACUAUAGCAUUUAAAACAAUUGAUUUGAACUGUAACAACGAUAGUAGUUCUGAAGAAGGGUGCAAGCCAACAACUCGGAGGAAGAUUGCAAAGCCACCACACACUUCUUACGCAUUCCGACUGAAGUCACGAAUUCUAAUAGCACAAGUACAGAUUCUGUGAUUACUGAAGAGCUAUCCGACGUUAUAAAAUAAAGAUGGGCAAUAACUAGCUUUCGAAUGAUUAGAAUCAACUACGUUUCUUCAGCGAGCCCGACCCGGUUACGUCAGAUCACCCGUGCGGUGCGGACCCGGGCGGCUGCUGUUCACGCCGUUCGUGCGACGAUAGUGGGCUUUCAAAUCCCGUAAUAUAAAUUAUGGCUGUUGCAAGAUGUGUAAUUAGUCUUUCAAGUAUAAGGACUGCAAAUUUAAUAGGUCUACAGCCAAUUCAGACGUUUUCGUGUCGAUUUGUGCAUACAUGCCUUGGAUGUGGUAGAAUCUAUAGCUCUAGUGUAGUAUCGGUAGGAAUCCAGAAACAAGAAGAACGUUCUCAAUCACAUCAUCUCAUUCCUCGUAGCAGAAACUUCCAUAUCAGUUCUACAGCUUUUCAAUCAAAACGUGAUUAUUAUGAUAUUCUUGGAGUACCUAGGAAUGCUUCUUCAAAGGAUAUAAAGAAAGCAUAUUAUCAGUUAGCAAAGAAGUAUCAUCCAGAUACCAAUAAAAAUGACCCAGAUGCUUCAAAAAAGUUCCAAGAAGUGUCAGAAGCAUAUGAAGUUCUUAGUGAUGAUGGAAAACGCAAGCAGUAUGAUGCAUGGGGUACAACUUCGGAGCAGAUGGGAAUGGGUGGAAGUAGUACUGGAAGUGGUGCUCGUGGAUUUGAACAAAAUUGGCAGUUUCGAUCCACAAUUGAUCCUGAGGAAUUAUUCCGCAAAAUCUUUGGUGAAGCUGGCUUCAAAUCUGGCUUUGGAGCAGAUUUGGGAGAAGAUUUUGCGGAAUCCUCAUUUGGAUUUGGUGCUUCUCAGGAAGUCAUCAUGAACUUGACAUUCUCUCAAGCUGCACGUGGUGUUAACAAAGAUAUUCAUGUAAAUGUCAUUGAUACAUGCCCUAAGUGUCGAGGUGCUCGUGCUGAACCUGGCACUAAGGCUGUGAGGUGCACAUAUUGCAAUGGCACAGGCAUGGAGACUAUUAGCACGGGUCCUUUUGUGAUGCGUUCUACAUGUCGUUAUUGUCAUGGCACGCGCAUGCAUAUAAAAUUCCCUUGCACAGAAUGUGAAGGUAAAGGUAGUACUGUGCAACGAAAACGUGUCACUGUACCAGUACCUGCAGGUGUGGAGGAUUCUCAAACUGUACGCAUGCCUGUUGGAAACAAAGAAAUCUUCAUUACGUUCCGCGUUGAGAAAUCUGACUACUUCCGCCGGGAUGGUGCUGAUAUCCACACUGAAGCUGAAAUUUCACUGUCACAAGCAGUACUUGGUGGUACCAUUCGUGUUCAGGGUAUCUAUGAAGAUCAAACCAUUCAGAUUGUUCCUGGAACAUCAUCCCAUACAAGAAUUCGACUUUCUGGUAAAGGAAUGAAGAGGGUCAAUCAAUAUGGAUAUGGUGACCAUUAUGUACAUGUCAAGAUACGAACUCCGUCAAAAUUGUCAGAGAAGCAGAAAGCUUUACUACUAGCUUACGCUGAACUGGAGGAGGAUACACCUGGAACAGUGCGUGGCAUUGCCUUUAAGAAAGAUGGGAGUCGCGAGUGCGUGGGCGGGCCACACGAGCUGGUGGAUCUGCUGCGCCGCGUGCUGGAGGACCAGGCGCGUCCCGCGGGGCGGUUGCCCGCCCGCGACCAAGGCCAGGCGGCGGCGACGGCGACGGCGGGAGGCGCGGCGCAGGACGCGGCGCGGGACAGCGACGCCACGCCCCCACAGCAGCAGCAGGUGGAGGAAGAGGCGCGGCGGAGCAGCUGAGCUAGUCGCCACAGUCGUUGUAUAUAAUCUGGUUCUCUGUAGUGUGCAUAUCAAUAAAUUCUAUAUGCCUGUUAAUGCAAGUGUUUCU